GAGAGAGAGAGAGAGAGAGAGAGAGAGAUGUUUGGGCUGGGCGGGUCAUCUUUUUCUCUCCGAGCAGUACACCCAUCUAAUGAAAGAGGUGGUUGGUUGUCGAGAGAGCAUAACUCCUUGAAAGGAAGUUUUGUAGUACCACUUCAAGUGCAAGUGAAUCAUAAAAACAGUAUUCAGAAAAAAUGGUAUCCUUCAAAACACUUUCAAUACUAUUCCCAAAGAUCCUAUGCUUUAGUUAACAAUGAAGGAAAUGUAGAGAAGCAAUCUUACAAGCAAGACAGGUUAGAGCAUGAUUAUUCAUCUAAACAUGAGGAUGUUUAUAAUGGACAAUUGGGAAAAUUAUAUGCAUUGUACCGAUUUACUCGUCCAUAUGCUGUAAUGAGCUUAGGUGUGGCAAUAACAUCUGCCUCUUGUCUUCCGGUGGAAACAAUUUCUGAGAUCUCUCCAACAUUUUUGGUAGAAGUAUUAAAGGCGUUUAUUCCGACAUUUUUGGCUCACAUUUACGUUGUUGGAAUUAAUCAACUAUAUGAUUUGGAAAUUGACAAGGCUAACAAAAAACGUCUUCCAAUUGCUUCUGGAGUCUUACCAAUUGGAACUGCUAAGGCCAUUGUUUUGAUAGCAACGUUGCUGAGCCUUUCUAUGGGAGUCAUGUCUAAAUCCCCAGCACUUCUCUGCGGCAUCCUUGCAAGCCUUAUGUAUGGAACUAUAUAUUCUGUUGAUCUUCCCUUCCUUAGGUGGAAAAGAGAUCCUAUACUCACUGCAGCAAUUACUGGGUUCUGGUGUGGUAUUGGUAACAUUAUUCCCUAUUUUAUACAUGCUCAGAAAUAUAUAUUGGGGAAGCCAAUAAUUAUUACCAAGUCCUUGAUAUUUGGUUCAGCUGUAAUGUAUCUACAUGGUAUUGCUAUUUCAAUUUUCAAGGAUAUACCAGAUGUUGAUGGAGAUAAACAAAGUUCCAUUAUCACCCUCAGCGUAAGACUUGGCAAAGAAAAAGCAUUCUCCCUCGGCAUCAACACCCUAUUGAUUGCUUAUGGUCUUGGAAUGAUAAUGGGGAUUUCAUCAUCUUCAUCUUUACUGUUCAAACUUACCACAAUAUUGGGUCAAUCUGCCAUUGCUGCUGUUCUUUUGCUUCAAUCUAGGACUGUUGAUCUAACAGCUAAAUUAUCUGUACAGUCAUUUUUCAUGUUAAUAUGGAAGUUAGUGAGUGCCGAGUACCUUCUCCUUCAAUUUGCACGCUGAGAAGAAUAUCUAGUAAUGGCACAUGGUAAAGGGGUUUGUUGUGUCUUAAAGUUUGUAUAUAAUAAAUGCUGGAUUUUAUUAUAAAUCCAUACAUAGUUGCAUAUUUAUUUAUAACGUUUUCAAUCAUCCCUGCUGGUGGUAUUGCCGAAGGUGGGUGAUGGUGGGAUUGUUUUGAUUUGAUUUCUGUGUCCGUCUA